AGAUGGAUUCUUACAACUUCCGUUACAGCGUCUAGACAUUGAUUUUCAAACUUUAAUGAAUAUUUCUCACUUAAUUUAUUAUUUUACGCCAUAUUAUUCGGCGUGUUGUUAAUUUAUACAUCCAGUUAUACUUUUGAGAUCAAAAUAAGGAAUAAUAAUGGAUACAGAAGAAUUAGACUUAGACAAGACGCAUGAUUUACAUGAGGACAUGAGUAUACAACAGCCUCUUUCCUCCCCCAAUAUGAGCCCCAGGAUCGGACUAAUGCCAUUUAAUAGUCCGGGAGCCAUGAUUACACCCAGACCAAGUCGGUCAGUCGCCUCACGAGUCACACAGAUGGAAGUUCAACAAAGGAGGAGUUCUUCUAGAUCAAUUAAACGAAAGAAGUUUGAUGAUGAAGUGGUGGAGAGUAGUCUUAUAAAAACAGAACGCGGCCGUAUGAAACUUCCACCUCCCCCGCCCCCGCCUUAUGUGGAGAAAGAGAAGCCAGAGCCUGUUGAGAAGGAAAUACCAGUGGCACCACCUCCUGAGAAGAAAAAAGUCAUAGUAACACCACAUCCAGAGAAGAAGAAAGUAAAAAUUUCAUCAAAAUCUCAUUCUUCAUCAUCUUCAUCAAAGCGAGCUAAACGUCAAAAGCCACCUGCUCCAGCUUCUACAAAAGAUCUUGGUCGAUGGAAACCUCAAGAUGACUUGGCACUGAUAACAGCAAUCCAACAGACCAAUGAUCUCACAGCGGUACAUCUAGGUGUCAAGUUUUCAUGUCGUUUCACUUUGAAAGAAAUCCAGGAGCGAUGGUAUGCCCUUCUAUACGACCCUGUCAUAUCCAAACUGGCUAUCCAGGCUAUGAAACAACUCCAUCCUGAUAUUAUGAACAAUGUACAGGGUAAAGCUCUCUUUAGUAAGGAGGAGGAAACACUGCUUGGGACCGUCGCCUCGACAAGUCAACCAUCAGGAGAUACGUUCCAAGACCUGCUGGAGAAAGAGUCUGAUGUAUUCCAUCCACUCCGCACUGCCAAAGCUCUCCACAACCAUUGGAUACUCAUGAAGCAGUACCACCUACUUCCUGACCAAUCAGUACAACCUAUGCCGCGAGGUGACCAUGUCCUGAAUUUCUCGGAUGCGGAGGAUAUGAUGAAUGAUGAGGAUGUUAGGGACCCAAAGGAUGAGACAUUAGAACAAGAGCUAAAUGUGUCUGACAGAAGAAAUAAGAAAGAAAUUCGCCAUUUAGAACAAGAACUACCUAAAUGGCAGGUGCUUGUUGACAGUGUAACAGGUAUAAGUCCGCCUGACUUUGACAACCAAACUUUGGCAGUACUUCGGGGCCGUCUUGUGCGUUAUUUGAUGAGAUCAAGGGAGAUAACUUUGGGACGAGCCACGAAAGAUAAUCAGAUAGAUGUGGAUCUGUCCCUGGAAGGACCCGCCUGGAAAAUCUCACGACGACAGGGUAUAAUCAAACUCAGAAACAAUGGUGACUUUUUCAUCGCCAACGAAGGAAAGCGACCAAUCUACAUUGAUGGGCGUCCUGUUCUCAUUGGAAACAAACAGAAACUUUGCAACAAUUCAGUGGUAGAGAUUUCAUGUCUUCGGUUUAUAUUCCUCAUCAAUCAGGAUCUGAUAAAUAUCAUAAGAACAGAAUCACAGAAGCUAACAAGUGUUUGAUGAAGUCAGUGAUCUGAAGUUCAAAUACGGACACCAGUUACAGAAACUAACGAGUGUUUGAUGAAGUCAGUAUUCCGAAGUUGAGGUACAAACACCAGUUACAGAAACUAACGAGUGGUUGAUGAAGUCAGUGUUCUGAAGUUGAGAUACAAACACCAGUUACAGAAACUAACGAGUGGUUGAUGAAGUCAGUGUUCUGAAGUUGAGAUACAAACACCAGUUACAGAAACUAACGAGUGGUUGAUGAAGUCAGUGUUCUGAAGUUGAGAUACAAACACCAGUUACAGAAACUAACGAGUGGUUGAUGAAGUCAGUGUUCUGAAGUUGAGAUACAAACACCAGUUACAGAAACUAACGAGUGUUUGAAGUCAGUGAUCUGAAGUUCAAAUACGGACACCUGUAUCAGAAACUGGUGAAUGUUUGAGUAUGAUUAAGGGAGGUCGGUAAGAAACUGAUGAGUUCUACAGAUGAGGGAGAAGUCGGAGUUUGAAAGAAAAUAUACGGAAUUAGUUCCAGAUCUGAAGGGCUGAGUUGGAAUGACACGGACAGGGUUAAUAUCUAGUUUUUGAAAGCAAAAAUAUGGACUUAAUUCCAUAUUAGAGUGUUUGAUUUGGAAUGGCAUGGGUGUAGUAUCAUUGAAACUUAUCUCAGAAGUAUUAGUAUCAGUACGGAGAAAAUUAAGUCAUUGACUGAGAAAAAAUGUAGACUUGUAACAGUUGUCAUUUAAUGAUAGCAGGAAAACAUAUCUUAAUUAAAAAGAAAAAAAUCGGAAAAGACAUUUUUUACAGAAAAUACAGACAAGUUGUCUCUUGAACGCAUUUAAUUGAUCAACGUCUAGUUUUUAAUAAAAACAAAACAAAAUAUAAGACAAUAUACAUAUUAACAAACCUUUCCCUGAAUUGUUAUCUUGUGAUGCCUUAUCUUGGAAAACUCGGUCUUGGUGGUCAUUUAAACUAACAUCUAAAUGAUAGAUCACUGGUAGUGCUUAUGUUCUGGAAUGAAAUGUUUAGGUUUCAAAGAUAAUGUUUUAUAUAGUUGUGCGCUACAAUUGUGAUUUUUUUCCCACCAAAAAUAAAAUUAAAAUGUAUUGGUUCUAUAAUUGAAACACCAUGCAACAUAAGUGGAUGUGACCAAGGGUUAUCAAAGUCAUCCAAGUUAAUGUUUAACCAUGCAUUGAACAAAUUCCUAUAAAGUACAAUAUCGGGGAUAUUUUUUCAGUUCAUCAAAUGUUUUCAAUUUUGCAUUGUUGUCUUCAUUGUUUAUGUUGUAGUUUCAAUUAUUUCAUCUUACUAUAUUACGUCGUUCUAUCAUCUUCAUUUUCUUUUUGUUUCUUCAUUACCUCAGUUGCCUUUAGGUUAUCAACUUUGUUAUGAUUUGUUCAGCCAUUCCAGUAACAUAGUCAUUCACUUAUAGUAUCAUUCAGACAGCGUUAUGGACUUACCGUAAUUAUCCUCAAAUGAGCCCCCUCUUCUUGUGUAAAAGUUAAGUAUGAAAUGUUUGAGAGGGCUCUUAUGUGAUCCACUUUUAGCUACUCUAAAAUUGAUGAUGCUGCAAAAAUACAGGAGUGGCUUAUUUGUAGUCAAAGACUUGUUGUCAGGGGUUUAUUUGCGCAUUAAAUAUGGUAAUCCUAUUCCAUUUAUCAUUUCCUCAUCAUUGUUAUUGCUUUUGUGUGGUCUUUUUAUGAUUGUGAUACUUUUAUAUUGUCAGUUUAUAUUUUAACGUGAAAAUGACCGGAUCAGCAAAUUUAUGUCCAAAAUGUCUAGCUUUUUUUUCGCAGCUUUGUUUACUGAUGUGCAAGAGAGAUCAAACUUGAGAUUGUUAGAGACUAAAAGUUUCCAUUGUACAACUACACCUUGUUGUAUUUGUUGACAAUGAUGAUGUACAAAUGUAUAGAAAUAUGAUGAAUGUAAUAAACUGUAAUAAAUAAUCAUGUAAACUGAA